UCCGACAAGUCAUCAUCCAGGGGUCACUUCAUUUGCUUCUAUCUUGAGUGCACAGUCGUCACAACAAUGGCCAAGUUAGAGUUGAUAUUUCUGGGGAUAUUCCUGGGUAUACUGGAUGUGUUAUACCCCAGCCCUGCCGAGGACCACGCUGCCGACGGCCCCGUUGUCGACACCAUGUACGGGCCCGUCCGGGGCGUCUAUGUGCAGCAGGGGGCGAUGUUUCUCGGGGUGCCCUUUGCUGCUCCGCCCGUCGGGAGUCUCCGAUGGCAACCCCCGCAGCCCCCAGCAAAAUGGAGCGGCACUUACAACGCCACGGCCCCGAGCGCCGCCUGUAUGCAGCACGAGUGCGGCCCUGACGACGCGGACUCCAUCGGGCAAUGUCCGCCCAGCAGGAAAAGGAGCGAGGACUGUCUGUACCUGAACGUCUUCAUGCCAGUAAACACGGACAAAAGCAAGCUGCCAGUAAUCUUCUGGAUACACGGAGGUAAUUUCUGGGGUGGAUCAGCCAUGGGACCUCUCUACGACGGGAGAUUCCUUGCGAAUAAGACCAGAACCGUUGUUGUGGCGGCCAACUACAGGCUGAGUGCCUUGGGUUUCCUGGUGGCGGGGCAGGGGGAGGGCGCGGCGACUGGGAACUACGGCAUCCUGGAUCAGAUAGCGGCGUUACAGUGGGUCCAGGACAACAUCGCAGAGUUCGGCGGUGACAAAGAUCGGGUCACGAUCUACGGACAGAGUGCGGGCGCUUACUCGGUCGUCCUUCACAUGACGGUAAACAAAAGCGACCACCUGUUCCACGGAGCCAUCGCCGCGAGUCCUCCUCUCUCCUUAACAUUCAAAGGUAGGGUCGAGGCCCUUAUUUAUGGGGACGAGUUUUCCCAGCAACUAAACUGUGCUGUAGGAAACAUGCAGUGUUUAAGGGCCGCCUCAGCCUCCCAAGUUUUAGACGCUCAGUAUGCCGUGAGGUUAAAGAUUGUGAAUCCUUUCGAUCUGAUCGAACUGUUCGAGCCGUGGGGACCGACUGUAGACGGAGACCUCGUCGCUGGCCAGGUGGUCGACGCGUUUGAAAACGGAAAGUUCAAAAGAAACGAGCGGCCGAUCGACUCGGUCCUAGUGACGCAUUACCUCUUCCCUUGCCCGGCCCGCUACGUCAUACGGAAUGCCGCAAAGCAGAAUGACACAAAUCUCUGGCUGUACGUCUUCGCUCACCCCCUCUCAUUCAAGCACGCCUGGGGAAACCUUACCCACUGCGAGGGGCACGUCUGCCACGGGACAGACGUCGUGUUCGUGUUCCAGUCUCAAACUCUGAGAGGAUACCACUUCACCGCUGAUGAGCAGGUCCUGGCCGACUCCAUGGCGUACUACUACGGUAACUUUGCUCACACGGGCGACCCCAACAAGCCUGGCUCUCGCCUGACCCACACGGGCGACCCCAACAAGCCUGGAUCGCGCCUGACCCACACGGGCGACCCCAACAAGCCUGGAUCGCGCCUGACCAAACAACCAAACGGGGAUUCUCCCCCGGAAUGGCCGCCUUACCUGAGUUCCGAGAAUUACACCAACCUCCGCUUUAACACUCCGAACAGCCUGGAGCAGGGCUAUCUGAAGGAGAAGUGCGACUUUUGGGACAGCAUCAGCCCCUACCCGUGA